UUUGUUCCCCGACCUCUAGUUGUAGAUCGUCUUAAAAAAAUUCUUCAUCCGAAUAGAUAUCAUUCAUGUUAUCAUGUGAUUUGUGGAGAACACGGGACCGGGAAAACCACGUUAAUCAGAAGUGCAUCAGGGCAGGGAGUCAUAUACGUUGAAAUUCCUGCUGAUGCAGAAGAUAUAGAGAACUUUGGCAUAGCAUUUGGAAAAUCUCUUAACUUCGCAUUUGAGGAACGUAUCUCUUUUAUGUCACAGCUUACGAAGAAAGUAUUAGGUGAUACCCAUGGUAAAGAUGAGCGUCCCAAGUGGAAAAGAGCCUUGGAGGCCUUCAAGCGUGCUAGUGCAGUGUACAAAGCAAAACACAAUAAACCUUCAGUCAUCAUUUAUGACAACAUUGCCAAAUUAGCUAAUGUGAACCCAAAAGUUCUUGAUACUCUUCAAGAUGACGCUAAAAUGAAUGCUGAUCACCGAGAGUACAUUGCUGUAUUUGUUAGUAGUGAAGGGAAUGUACCUCGAAGAAUGGAAUCUCAUAGUGCGAAAAAACCUAUAAUUAAAAUCGGUGACCUUGAUAGGAACACAUCAAUGGAAUAUUUGGUUAAGAAGCGCAGUAUCAAGGAAGGAGAUGCAAAAAAAUUAUAUGAUUUGGUUGUGGGGCGCAUUGUAGAGCUAAAGACCGUGGCAGAUGACUUCCUGGCUGGACAAACCUUCGAAGUCGUUAAACAGUCGAUUUUAGAUGAAGUUGAGAAGAAAUUUCAAUCUGCACAACUCCUUCCGAAUGGUCCAUAUUAUGAAGUAGGAAGAAGACUUAUCAGUGAUUUGUUGAAGUCUAAUGAGCUCAGCUUUUUAGCAUUUAUGAAAUAUUUUGAUAAGGUUGAGGAAUUAAAUGAAGUUUUGGGAAACAAUAUAUUUUCAUAUCAUCGAUCAGUAGAAAGUUAUAUUCAAGAAAAUGCUAAUAUAUUUAACAUACUCUCCUCACAUUGUAAAAUUAUAGAAGUUGAUUAGAAAUUUUCAAAAUGGCAUAUGUUUUGAU